AUGCCUCGCACUCCUCGCACGCCUCGUACUCCGCCCGCCAAUAGAGUGAUAACGCGUUCGCUCGCAAACUCUCAGACACCCACAACACCCACGAAUUCAUCCAGUGAUGUCGCACCAAUUGCUGCUCGUUUGCGCCCGCGAGCAAAUAAAGCAACAGAAGCAAGUACACCAGUAAAAAGGUCAAAAGCACAGCAAGGACUUACCACUACUCCAACAAGGAGAGGCCGUAGUAAAGUCACCUUAGAUAGCGAGGUAGUAAAAGACAUACCGGAUUCAAACACGAUCAAUCGAUCACAUGACUCGGAUGUUGCUGAUAAUUCGGGGAGCAGUCCGGUUACUUCAAAUAAUACUGAAGCCGUACCCGUGGUUGUUGUGAUUAUGCGCGAAGACAAUUCGCAUGAUUUUGAUAGUUCGAACAAUGAGACCGCUUUAGAUAACAAGGCCGUCGACGAUGCUGUAGAUUCAACAACGAUUCAAGCAAAUGAGUCAGAUAAUGUCGAUACCUUGAUCAAUGUAAAUGAUGUGCAAACAAUGGCGAAGUCCCAUUCUGAUAGCGCAGAUGUUGAUGCUUUGAACAAUCAGGUUACUUUGGUUGAUAGCGAGAGUGUAGACGAAGUGCUAACGGUGGUAGACUUGUCAAUGAACGAUCAAUCACAUGAUUCCGAUAACACGGAUGGGAAAUAUAUCCCAAGCCAUACCGUUAAUGGUAUUAGAAAUCCAGAGACUGCUGAAUCACAUAACACUCCGACUGAGAAAGAUCAAGAAACUGAAAUCAGGAAUACGACUACCAACAAUAUACAAAUUCCAGAUACAACUGAAUCGCAUGAUACUGGUGCUUCAGCAGUAAUCGCAGAAGAGUCACACAACAUUAUAACCGAAGAAGUGAUAGAAGAAGAUGAGAUUAGGAAUAAAGCUAUCGACAGAAGUAAAAGUCAAGAGACAACCGAGUCUGCUGGUGCUUCAGUGGCUGUUACAGCAGCUAAUGAGCAAGGAGAUAGGAAUCUAAAUACUACAGAAUUUCUUGUACCCAAUGAUAUUGUCAUUCCUAGAUUGCUUCCAUCUGAGCUUAUUCAGCAGGUGCAGAAUAAAGAAGAAUAUGAAAAUUCUCCAUUUACAAUAAUGACCGUCGAUGAAUUAGACAAAUGGGAUGCACCUCUUGUUUCGCAGAAAAUAAACACUAGCGUUGAAGAGCAAUCUCGUGGGAGAACAAUUACAAAAAGAAAUACGAUGCUGAAUGCAAGCCAGAGGAUGAGCGGCCCUGCAUUUUCAUUUCGUCGACGGUAA